CGGUGCACGCUGCAGGCCCGCACCAGCCCAGUCCCAGCGGCGGCAUGAGCGGUGUCCGGCACGCGAGCUGGGUGGCGGCGGGCCUGCUCCUGGGGGCCGGCGCCUGCUACGGCAUUUACUUGCUGACGCGGGGCCGGCGGCGCGGUGGCCGCGGGCAGGGGCCGCGCCGCUCGGGAUCAGCUGAAGACUUAACCAGUGGUUCACAUGAUGAUGUCCUAAAUGCCAGCAAACUCCAGAAACUUCUUUAUCUGCUCGAGUCCACUGAAGACCCUGUCAUUACUGAAAGAGCUUUGGUCACUCUGGGUAACAGCGCAGCCUUUUCAGCUAACCAGGCCAUUAUUCGUGAAUUGGGUGGUAUCCCAGUUGUCGGAAACAAACUCAACAAUCCCAACCAGAGCAUUAAAGAGAAAGCCUUAAAUGCACUAAAUAACCUGAGUGUGAAUGUUGAAAAUCAAGUCAAGAUAAAGAUGUACCUCCAUCAAGUCUGUGAGGAUGUCUUGUCUGGCCCCCUGAAUUCCGCUGUACAACUGGCUGGACUAAGACUCUUAACAAACAUGACCGUGACCAACGACCACCAGCACAUGCUGAGCAGUUACAUUACAGACCUGUUCCACGUGCUACUCGCUGGAAACGGACGCACCAAGGUUCAAGUUUUGAAACUGAUUGUGAAUUUGUCUGAAAAUCCAGCUAUGACAGAAGGACUACUUGGUGCCCAAGUGGACUCAUCAUUCCUUGCUCUGUACGACGGCCACGUGGCAAAGGAGAUUCUUCUUCGAGUACUCACACUGUUUCAGAACAUAAACAACUGCCUCCAAACGGGAGGCCGCUUAGCCGUUCGGCCACCCUCCCCUCAGGGUUCACUGUCUCUCCUGUUGUACGGAGAAGAGUGUGCCCAGAAAAUGAGAGCUCUGGCUUCUCACCAAGAUGCGGACGUGAGAGAGAAGGCCGUGACAAUCAUACCAGCAUUCUGAUGGCUCGGUCCUGUUUUUCCAAGGAAUAUUGCAGUCUGGAAGCAACAUACGUACACCUAUUUUCCAUUUUCCUGGUACAGGCUUUCAGCUGCUGAAGUUAACCAGUAAAUAGCAUAUUUCAUCAUUUGCACACUACAGAUUAAGCAUCCCUCAUCUAACAUGCUUUAAAAAUUCAAGUUUGGGGGCAUCUUUAAGGUUUUAAGAUUAGGCAUUCUUUUUUUUUUCUUUUUCUUUUUUUUUUGACAGGCAGAGUGGAUAGUGAGAGAGAGACAGACAGAGAGAAAGGUCUUCCUUUGCCGUUGGUUCACCCUCCAAUGGCCGCCGAAGCCAGCGUACUGUGGCCGGCACACCGCGCUGAUCCGAAGGCAGGAGCCAAGUGCUUCUCCUGGUCUCCCAUGGGGUGCAGGGCCCACCUGGGCCAUCCUCCACUGCACUCCCGGGCCACAGCAGAGAGCUGGACUGGAAGAGGGGCAACUGGGACAGAAUCUGGCACCCCGACCAGGACUAGAACCCUGUGUGCCGGCGCCACAAGGUGGAGGAUUAGCCUAGUGAGCCGUGGCGCUGGCCUAGGCAUUCUCAAGCAAUGAAGUUUAUGCAAGUAAUCAAAAAAACUCUCAGAGAGAAACACUCAGGUCAUGAGUGUUUUGGAAAAGGAAUACGUGUAUGUUACCAUGGUCUUCAGGUUUAUUUUGGACCAUUUUACCGAAUAUCACAGCUUGCAUGGAUAUCACCUGGUUUUGCUUUGUUUACAGGAAGGGGCGGUGGCCUUUUUGUGUAUGAGCUGCCCUCUGCUGUUGGGGUGGUCUGCGGGUAACCCUCUGAGACAGCACUAGCACGUGACCAAGUCCUUGUUUUACAGCUGCCCCGGGAAUGACCUUGUUCUUUCAGUAGCAGUGAGAUCCUGAGCUCCAGAGUCCACCUGGCGACCCGGCCAUAUUGCUUUCAAGAGGCCUAUUGCAACCAUGAAAAUCCAUUCUCAUCACUUCCUGACAAUGAAAACUCCACUCUUGGUAGAAAGUUUCUUAGGUGCUAACCCCCUGCCAUUCAGUGUGCCAGUAGGUAAAGAUGUCACAUACAGAAUACUGGGAUUAAUCAAAAUGUGCAUCCAUAAGCAACUGGCUAUAUUAGUUAUCCCAUUUUUAAUUAUUGAAGAAGCUCUGCUGAAUGUGCUGCAGAAGACACCUAUGAAAUAUGGUUGGUUUUAAAACAUGCAUUGUGAAAGAUGUAUAAUAUCCCUUGUGUGUGCGUGUGUGUGUUUAAUAUAUGCUGGGGCUAGCAUUGUGGCACAGCAGGUGAAGCUGUUGGCUACGAUGCUAGCUUCUCAAUAUGAAUACCAGUUCCUGUCCCGGCUGCUCCAGUUCCAAUUCAGCUCCCUACUAAUGGCCUGGGAAAAACAACAGCAGAUGGCCCAGGUACUUGGACCACUGCCACCCACAUAGGAUACCUGGAUGAAGCUCCUGGCUCCUGGCUUCAGCCUGGCUUAGCCCUGAUCAUUAGGGCCACUUAGUGAACCAACUGAUGGAAGACCUUUCUGUCUCUCCCUCAAUCUCUAAUUUUUUAAAUAAACCUUUUUUUAAAAAAAUAUGCUUAUAUAUGAACAGAAUAUCUCUGGAAUGAUAUUCAAACUCCUGGGAGUGAGAUUGGGACAUGACUUUUCUAUGUAUACACCUUCUAUUAGCAUAUUUUUACUCUGAGCAUAAAUUGUAUAAUUUUUUUAAUAAAAAGGAAAAAAAUGACAAAGCUUAUGUAUUCUCUCCCAUUAAUUGAAUAAGAAAAUUUCUCAACUAUUAUCUUUAUAAAUAGUACUUCCAUUCCAUAAGCUACUGUAACAAUGUGAGGUAUCUGAAUUCAGCAAAGAUUUAUAAUACUCAGGUUCAUAGCCUCCAUCACGCUUUGCAUGAAGUAAACAAGGUGCAAGCAGAAGCUUCAGCACUCAUGUAUCCAUGACGGAGCUUCAAGGAUACUGUAAGUUCCACUUACGAAUACAUAGGCACAAGCCUGUUACAGUACAAAGUCACAAAUCUUCAAUGAGAAGAGUGUGUGUUCUCAGGGUUAUCCCGAAACAGAAAUCAGACUCAAGAAACACUUUUCAUGGGAGAAAAAGAGUUCAGUAGAAAAUGAAAAAUGGAAAUUUCCAGUAGGCUGCAGUGGUUAUGUAAUAUGGUGGCUAAGA